AUGAGGAGCAACAUUACUUUGGCAUACCGUAAGGUAUUUCCGAAAGAUGCUGUCAUGACAAACACGAGUGAUGCCUUGAAGAAGGUUUAUGAUUUUUGGGACUCAAUAAAGGAACUGGAAAGCAUUGCAGUGGGUGAUGAAAGGAAGCUAGUGGAGCGAGGAUUCAUGUCAGUUAUGAUCCUACGUGCCAUUUUCACGGAAGAUAAGUGUGUAAAAAUUAUUGGGGAUCACAGCCAUUUGAUUGCCGAUUUCAUGAACGGCCUAAAUGUCGAAGUGCAGGAGGAGGAUCUGGCGCUUUUUACAGUUAUAUGUUUAACAGUGCCUUGCCAGGGGCUUCAGAAUGAGGGAAGAAUCCGAAUGAAACACUGCCGACUAAUGGAAUGCCUUAAAGCCCAUUUUGUCAUACGUUGGAAGGAAAAAGCUGAACAGGUGCUUACACUACUGCUGAACAAGUUCAUCAUUGAAGAAUUGGUGACUGAAGGCGAGAAGAGGAAAAAAGAUGGAUUCUGUGAGCUAAUAGACAAGUUUAACAUUCCGGAAGAGCAGCUGAAAUCAUUUUCGGCUUCUUUAACUGCUUUUUUAAUUGCUUCACUUGAUUAUCAUAUUGCUGCAAUCGAAAAUAUGCAUAAACUUUUUGCCUACUACUCCAUCGUAGGCCAUGAAGUAAGCGGGAAAUUUUUUUUUCCUGAUUGCGGCUCAAUUAGAAAGUCGAGGCGGACAGUAAAACUCGUGGAAGCUUUUGCUUGCUUGAAUGCGCGAGUAAAACGCAGACUAUACGUGAUGCUGAGCAGAAAAAAAUUUAGAUAG